CCACAUGCGGGAGAGGAUGUUUAUGAUAAUCCAUCGGGGAAAAAAUAGUUGUUGUCUGUAUUAGCCUACUUUAGAGGCGUAGCCGACACGAUAAGUGAAAGUGAAAUUAAUUUGGGGACAAUUCGAUCAUGGUUGUCUCUGAAAGGCAUAAAUCGUGAUUCGGUGCUUCUUGGGUCAGAAGGUUGAACUAGAGUUUGUUUGGAAGCAAUCCAAACAAACAUGGCAGAAACUCCGGUAGAACAUACCAGGGAGCACAUGACCUCUUCUGUAAAAAGGAUGGAUGAAGAGAGACCGGAAUCUACCAGUUAUAUGUCCAUGAAGAGUGACUGGUCAAUGGAGGAACCAAUUAACUUCAAAGAGGGAGGUGUGAUCCAAGAAAGUACUCAGAUCUGCAGAGACCGUCUUGCCAGACCAGAAUCACCAACUACCAGUACAGCACCGAGUGACAAAUCCAUUGACCGUCCCAUUCACUUUAAGUCAGGAAAUGUGCUCUGUGACUCCUGUUCUGAGUUUUUUAACACUGAGACACAAGCUGUGAAGUCCUGCCAGACCUGCAGUAACUCCUACUGUGAGACUCACGUCAGGAAGCACUACACUGAAGCACGCUACAACAAACACAAGCUAGUGGAUGUGCCAGGAGGUCUGGAGUCCUGUGAGGAACAUCGCAAACCUCUGGAGGUGUUCUGCUUGACUGACCAUAUGUUCGUCUGCAGUCAGUGUUCAGUAACGCGGCAUCAAGGACACAACAUCCGCCAUGAGACAGAAUUACCUGGGGGAAAGGGCAAGGGAACAGAGGAACCAGCCUCAAAUAAUUUGCUGCCCCCUCCUGGAGAGAUCAGCUUCCUGUCUGUUAAGGCCAACUCAGUGACUCUGAGGUGGGGGUGUCCAGAGGGCCUGGAAGAACCCAGGGCAUUUAAGGUGGCCUGGAAGAGUGAUGAAGAACUGAAGAGUCUUGAAGUAACUGACAUGUACAAAGUGGAAAUAACUGGACUCCAACCUGGUCAGAAGUAUGAGUUCAGAGUGGCCUCAAAAGGGGACCAUGGCAAAUACAGUAAAUAUGUCUUAGCAGCUACUCACACAGUGGUCCCGCCUCCCAGGGACAUUACAGUUGGCAGUUCUGAAGCAACUUCCUUUGAUGUUCGCUGGUCCAAAGCUCCAGAAAUGGAUAAUGUUCCUCACCACUUCAUCAUGACCUGCACCAGUCCAGGGACAGAUCCUCUGGCAAUACACACUGAGGUCUGCCACACAACACUGACUGACCUGCAGACUGACAAGCAGUACACUGUUGGAGUCUCAGCUGUGGUGAAGAAUGGAAGACAAAGUGAACCUGUCUCUACAACCACAUACACUAGUAUUGAGUCCCCAAGAUACAUAACUGUUCACUUAGUAACAACCUCCUCAAUAUCACUGAGCUGGCCACCACCUGAUUGUCCAGAAGAACAACCACAAACGUUCAGAGUUGAAUGGGCUUCUUGUGGACAUUCUAGCCACAAUAUUGUUGAUGAGGCAUCCUAUGACAUAACUAACCUCAUGCCUGGCAGAGAGUAUGACAUUAGAGUUGCAACCAUUGGAGACAAUAAACAACUUAGCAAGUUUGUUCAAACAAAACAGUAUACAGAACCAACUUCUCCUGAAAACUUGAGGGUGGAGAAGGUUGACCACAAAUCUGUCAAAUUGUCUUGGUACAAACCAGUUAACAUGGACAAUGUGUCAUAUUCAUUCACCAUUAAGUAUUCCUGCAACGCAGAGCUAAAAGAGCAAGAAGAACAGAAAACUAACAACAGUGCUGUUAUUUCCGGCCUCAAAUCAGGAACAUUAUACACCUUUUAUGUAGUCACCAUGCUACAAAAUGGCAGUACAAGCUUGAGAGAAACCUCAACACAACAACGCACAAACUUGAGUCUGCAGAGUGUACUAGACAACUUGGGACUUAAAGAUCAUCGUACGAACAAGCUCACAAUGGAAGGAGUUAGACAGAUUGGUGAGAAUGUUUGGCCUGAAAAAGUUCGAACACACCUUCCAUCACAACUACAGCUCUUUUUAAAGAAGCUGUUAAUGGCGAACAUGACUGCUAGAAAUCUCAAAUGUUGCACUGGCCAACACUUAUCAGAAUGCAGGCUUGCAUCAAGGAAUGAGGAGAUGCCAUUUGGUCUAAAGGACAUUAACCCUCUGGACCUCAUAACUGCUCUGUUUCUUUGCUCGGAUGGUAUCUUACAGCAGGAGCUCAUUCAGAAAAUGUCCUUCUGUCAGUUUGCUGUUCCUCUCCUGCUGCCCAACCCUGAAACACAUCAAAGCACUUUGAUGCUGUGGGCCAUGAGGGAUAUAGUUAAGCAGUUUAGACCUCACUGUCCUGGUGACCAACAAGAAUUUGUGGAGAAAGGUAUUGUAGAUACUGCCCUCCCAAUGAUUUCUUUUGUUAGAUGUGGAGCCAGCAGCUUGUCAAAGUCAAAGCUUCUCAAUGAAGUUCUCAGCAAUUCCCAACAGAGCCACAACACAUUUGUGCACCAUAACAUGAGAGGUGGAAACAUCCCAAAGAUGAUCUCUAAUGGAUUGGUGGAAAUCAGUUGGUAUCUGCCAAGUGGAAAUGCAAACAUAGAUGUGUUCCCUGAGGCUUUAGCUCUGGCUAAUCUUCGUGGAGAUCUCAAGGAUUUUCCAACACAGUUUACGUUUCUCUGCCAAACUUCAGCUGCCCUUUUUGUGUUUUGUGAUGAUCUGGACUUGAAUAAAAGUAUUCCAGACAUGAAACUCAAAGAGAAAACUAAACUCUUCAUUGUGUCUAACUCUCAGUCUCUGAGCAAUGAUAAAGACUAUUUCAAGAAACAAACUGCCGAGUUCCAGAAAUACAGUGCUCAACUUAUAAAUAGGAACCAAACCAUGAACGAUGCAGAUCUUGUGGAAAAGCUUUCGCUUGGAAUCACAGAGCUUUUGAAGGAAAAACCCCUCAAAAUUAAAGUACACAGUAUCGCAGAAUUUGCAAGAAAUGUUGACAUCCUCGUGGAUGAAGACAAAGGUCCAUGCAAGGCAGCAAAGGCUAAUGCAGCCAAAAUCACAAAUAAGGUAUCUGGCAUACCCAAAUACAAGAGCAUCCAGCUACCUCUACAGGGAGAAACCUGGAAAAAACUCACUGAACUAGAGAAGGAAGAGUGUAAGAGAAAAAAAGCAGGUUCCAAAAACAUUGAGGUGUACUUAAGAGAACUAAAACAAGAGAAAGAUGAACUGAGAAAGAAGCAAAUGGAAAUUGGAAUGAGUAAAGGCAUUAGAGAAUUCGUCAAGGGUUUGAAAAGUUCAACAGAGGAGCGCACGUAUUUCCUCAAGUGGAUGAAGAUCACUCUAGACAGCAAGUCGAGGAGUCAGCAGUAUGAACUCAGGAAGCAAUACCACUUCUGA